AUGGAGAAGCUAAACACUGAAGAUGGACAACUCUUCAUCAAGAACCUUGCCAGCUUCGUCCGCACGCAUGAAAAGGCGCUCGCAAAUGCGUUGCAGCUCCGCCGCCAGUCCAAGAAUGUUGUAACCCCUCAGUCGCCGACCAGCUCCUCGAGCGCCGGCUCCUCCUUAUCCUCCACCUCCCUGACCCUGGCGGCGGCCUUGUCCUUUGGGGCAUUGAAAUUUACUUCGCAGAACAUCAAGCCGGCCAAACUGACCCUGACCCCCCACCACCUCUUCUACCUGUUGUCGCGCUUUGAGGAUCUGUCCAUUGCGGUGGGCCCCAUGAACGUCCGGUUGGAGAACAUCCACACCGAAGUGUCCCAAUCCUACGUGUCCUUCCUGAAUAAACCCCAGCGGUCCAAGGGGGAUGGGGCGUCGAUCCACUCCGUGUCCAGCGUGCGUAGCGUCAUGUCCGGUAUGAGUGGCCUCUGGUCUUCCUUUGGUCUGGGAUUCAAGGACUCGAGCUCCAAGCCCGACAGAGCCAAGGCCGCCUUGGAAGCGGACCUGAAGUAUCUCUACUCGGCCUUCACCAAGAUCCCCUGCCUGCGCCUGGCUCCAGACCACCGCGCGCGCCUGAUCCGCGGAUAUGAAGAGUUUCCUUUCGACACCGCGGUGCCGCUCCAUUCCUUCAAAAAUUUGAGCGCAUUAGAGAUCAUUGACAUAGACUACCGCUCCUUCUAUGGUUGGGACCGCUUGUCCGAGCAGCUGCGCACCUUGUCCAUCAAGCGGGCUCAUUUGGAUGACCCGGCGGAUCUGUUGACGAGGAUCGUGCUGGACGACAUCGACAAGCGCCGUCGUCGAUCGGCCAAGUCCCAACAGUCGCCGCCGCUUGGCUGGACCAGUAGUACGGGUGCUCAACCCGUUCAUACGCCCGACCAUACUUCCAUCUCGGCGCCGGGCUCUCCGGUGGCCGACACCGCGCUCGCGAGCAGCACCAGUCCCAAGUCGGUUCCGAUGAUGCGGGCGGGCUCGGAGGGCGCAAGGAUUCGCGCCCGGGCGGAGAGCAUCUCGCCGACGCGGCCGGCGACCAAGCAUAGUCAACGUCAUAGUCGUGGGCAGUCGGCGCGGAUUCGUCGCACGGGCUCGGGCAGCUCGAACUCCAGCGAUACAUCGGGUGGCUAUCGGACUGGAAGCUCGUCGACGCUUCUUCCGGGCGUCCUCCCUCCAUCCAAAUGGCGGUUCUUGCGACACCUUGGCCUUCCGGAGAACUCGUUAACCUCCAUCUCUGCUGCCAGCCUUGCGCCCGUGGCGAACACCCUCAACUCCCUCGACCUGUCCUCAAACCUCUUGACUGAGAUUCCUGACAGUCUGGCAUCGCUGAUGGCUUUGCGUGCGCUCAACCUGUCCCACUGCAUGAUCGAUUCCCUUCACUCCCUUUCGCGCAAUCCGCUGCCCGCGAUCACUGCUCUCAACCUCCGUGGCAACCGGCUGCGCUCCCUCGCUGGCAUUGAACGACUGCUUUCCCUGGAACGAUUGGAUCUCCGCGACAAUAACUUGAUGGACCCGACGGAAAUGGCUCGACUGACCAGUCUCCCUGAGAUACGAGAGAUCUGGGUUUCCGGAAACCCGUUCGUGAAGACUCACUCCGGCUACCGCGUCGUGAUCAUGAACCUCUUCCGUCGGACUCCCGGCUAUGCAGAGGACAUUAUCAUCGAUGGCCGUGGACCCGGCUUCACCGAGCGAAAGCAACUGGUCGACCGUGUUGCCGAGCCUGAAGGUGCCCCGGUGGUGCGCUCGAGUGCAGCAGACCAGUCGACUGUGGUGCACAAGUCAACCGGUGUCGUAGUGACCCAGGGGACUCCCCCACCAGUGCCUCCGAAAGAUGAUGUGGACUGGCAUCCGAAAGGUGUCCAGCGGACUGAGACCGACGGCGGGACCAACCGUCGGAAGAAGAUCCAGCGGCGACGCAUCGUCGACCUCUCCACCGACAACCCGUUCACCACCGAUGGCCUGGGAACCCCUGGGCCUAUGAUCCCUGCAGUCCUGCCGACCCAACAGCUUCACGGCCCGGCCCACUCCUCCGUCGUGCUCCCAUAUGAACAUCAGUUGCGGCUCGACAGCGGGACACCGUCGGGAUCUUCCAGUAUCCAGAGCCCGGUCAAGCAAGCGCACUCCUCGAGCCCCCAGCCCGCGGUGGUACCACCAACCCCCAGCAAAGACUGGACUUUGGACGAGGAGCUGUGCCGCCAACAGUUGGAGGUUCUGCGGCAGGAAGUGGGACACAGCUGGAUCACCGUCCUGGCAGACCAUCCUUGGGAUAAUUCGCAGACUGGUCUGGCGACGCACCAUCUAGCGGGGGCAGGGCUGGACCACCCUGCGCUUCCAACCGCGCCUCUUGCCCGCGCAAACAGUCAUGCUAUCCUGAGUGGAGGACAUACGUUGGGUGGUUGA